AUGUCUGAAGGGUGUGCUGACUUACAUUUAUUGGACAUGCUAACUCCUUCAGAGCGGAAGCGACAAGGUUAUAUCCAUGAGCUGAUUGUCACAGAAGAAAAUUAUGUUAGUGACCUGCAGCUAGUCACUGAGGUCUUUCAGAAACCUUUGCUCGAGUCUGAUUUGCUGACAGAGAAAGAAGUGGCCAUGAUUUUUGUGAACUGGAAAGAGCUCAUCAUGUGUAAUAUUAAAUUGUUGAAGGCAUUACGGGUAAGGAAGAAGAUGUCAGGGGAGAGGAUGCCUGUGAAAAUGAUUGGUGACAUAUUAACAGCACAACUGCCUCACAUGCAGCCAUAUAUCCGGUUCUGCAGCUGUCAGCUUAAUGGAGCAGCACUGAUCCAGCAAAAAACAGAUGAAGUUUCAGAAUUCAAGGAAUCUGUCAAAAGAUUAGCAAUGGACCCACAAUGUAAAGGAAUGCCACUAUCAAGUUUCCUACUGAAGCCUAUGCAAAGGGUAACACGCUACCCAUUAAUAAUAAAAAAUAUUCUGGAAAACACCCCAGAAAAUCAUCCCGAUUUUAGCCACCUGAAGCAGGCUCUUGAAAAGGCUGAGGAGCUGUGUUCUCAGGUGAACGAAGGUGUGCGAGAGAAAGAAAAUUCUGACAGGCUGGAGUGGAUCCAGACACAUGUACAAUGUGAAGGUUUGUCUGAGCAACUUGUUUUUAACUCCGUCACGAAUUGCCUGGGUCCUCGAAAAUUCCUACACAGUGGUAAACUUUAUAAAGCCAAAAGUAACAAGGAGCUUUAUGGCUUUCUCUUCAAUGACUUCCUGCUGCUGACACAGAUCAUUAAACCACUAGGUUCUUCAGGAACCGACAAGGUCUUCAGCCCCAAGUCAAAUCUGCAGUAUAAAAUGUACAAGACUCCUAUUUUUCUGAAUGAGGUAUUGGUGAAAUUACCUACAGACCCUUCUGGUGAUGAGCCCAUUUUCCACAUCUCCCAUAUUGACAGGGUGUACACGCUCCGUGCUGAGAGCAUCAAUGAAAGAACAGCUUGGGUGCAAAAAAUUAAAGCUGCUUCAGAACUCUACAUAGAAACAGAAAAAAAGAAGCGAGAGAAGGCCUAUUUGGUUCGUUCUCAAAGGGCUACAGGCAUUGGAAGGCUAAUGGUGAAUAUAGUCGAAGGCAUAGAGCUGAAAGCAUGCAGAUCCAGUGGGAAGAGUAAUCCUUACUGUGAAGUGACUAUGGGCUCUCAGUGUCACAUCACAAAAACCAUUCAGGAUACUCUGAACCCCAAAUGGAAUUCUAACUGUCAGUUCUUCAUUAAAGAUCUGGAACAGGAUGUAUUGUGUAUCACUGUAUUUGAGCGUGACCAGUUCUCACCAGAUGAUUUUUUGGGCCGUACAGAGAUACGUGUUGCUGAUAUCAAAAAAGAUCAAGGCUCCAAAGGACCCGUUACGAAACGACUUCUGCUGCAUGAAGUCCCUACUGGCGAGAUAGUUGUUCGUCUGGAUCUUCAACUUUUUGAUGAAACCUAAGAGUGCUAUAUUGUAUAUGUGUAUUUCUGUACUUUGAAAAGCCACAUAUGGCAACUUUAUCAAGUACGUGCAAAAGCUGUCCAGGAAUGCUGCAAAAUUCAAUACUGCAGUGUCCAUGGAACAUAUUUUGUGUACUGUUUUAUACAUGACACUUAAAAAACAUGGAAUUACAGUUUGUAGAUGUCUCUUUCAUUUGUUAAUAUGUAGCUUUAUCAUCUCCACAUUCCAGUUUGAAUUUUUCAGAUUAUGUGAUGAUAAACAUAAUACUAAGGUCAGUCUUGAACUUGUUUGUUCAAACCUUGGCCAGUGGUUCUGAGGUGGACAUUUAGUGACUUGCACAAGUUUUUAUAGGGGAAUUAUAGAAGCCAAGUUGUAUUUUUGGUAACAUUCAGGUUGCGGUGAGAAAUGUACAUUUUGGACUGUGUCCUUAUGUAGGAUUACAUUUACAGAUAAGGAUUUCUGGCUCAAACAGGCUAUUCAGCCCAACUGGUUCAUGCUGAUGUUUGUGCUCCACUUGAAUCUCUUGCUGUCUUUCUUAAUCUAAAUCUAUCAGCAUAACAGUUUAGUCCCUUCUCCUUCAUAUGCUUCAUUGAAUAAAGUUAACCAUUUUGCCUCUGAGCACUUGAUUCUAACAUUUUUAGGUGUCAAAUUUUAAAACCAAAGCACCAAGUCAAGAUGGUAAGUCAUCGAUUAUUCUAAACCAGUUCAGAAGAACUUCUUGCCACUAACUUAAGUACAAAAUACACAGUUGAUAAAAUGAAGCCUGUGACCCUUAUAUAGCACAUUAGAGAAUAAUUCAUGAUUUAUUGAUUCCUUGCCAUGUGAAUGUGAAUUACUUUAUGAUUUGAAGCAUUUUUGUCAGAAUCUCCUUCUCAUUGAAAACGUUCCUUUAGAAAUUGAUAGGGACUUUUGACUUGGUUUGAACUUCGACUUCUCACUUACCUAACUAGGCUCCCCUAAGAGAACAGAUUCCUCCAAUCAGUCAGUUCACCAGUUGAACCAGCAAACUAGGUUAGGUAUUGGACUAAAGAAACUCAAUCUCCUCAUAACAUCACAACGGUUCUAAGUGGCAUGGCAACUUGUUUCAUCCACUCUAAAGUAAUAAUUAUAUGUGUGGAAGGAGGAAGACAGAAAACUUAUCAUUAGUUUAAAGAAUAAAAAUGAUGUCUACAUAUGUUGUCAACUUAACAUCAUGGAAUCUGUAUUGCACUUUUAGAUGUUGAAUAAACUUAAUUUUAAAUUA